UCGAUUCUUAUAUCCUGGAAAGAAUGGUAGACUUGGAGACUUCUUUGGAGAUCCUGGCAACCCUCUUUCUGAAUUUAAUCCCUCAGGGAGUAAAGAUGGAAAAUACGAGCUGUUGACAGCUGCAAAUGAAGUUAUUGUUGAAGAGAUCAAAGAUCUAAUGACCCAGAGUGACAUAAAGGGUCAGUAUACAGAAACUCUGCUGGCAGGAUCCCUCGCCAAAGCCCUUUGCUAUAUUCAUAGAAUAAAUAAGGAAGUUAAAGAUAAUCAGGAAAUGAAAUCAAGGAUUUUGGUAAGAUUUUUUAAAAAUCAAUACUAUAGUUAUGUACAACUGGAAACAAUUAGAAAACAUAGUGGGAAAUAA